AUGGGAUCAAAGCACUCACGCCCUCUACAACCUCAAUUAUUGAAGGAUCGAUCUUCUCAUCCAAAUGCAUCUGGAGGUCAUGAAAGCUCAUUCAUUGACGACAUUUCAGCAGAAGCGCUUGCUGAAUUUACAGUCGGAGACAUUUAUUGUCUUGAAAACACGCGACGUGCGCAAAUACUUCAAGCCCGUGACAAUGAUCGCUAUUGCAAGUAUCGGAAUUACUUUAAGAAUCAUCAUAUGUCAUUAGCUCGAGAAGUAGGUCGUAAUACUAGUAAAAGUAAAGGAGAGUUACUGCGCUGGGUUGAAGACGCUGUGGGUUCAGUCGAGGGAGGCGAAAAGUAUACAAAGGAUGAGAUUCUAGAGAUUGCCAUGGUCUCGGCGGCUUUGACCGAGUACAGUGAGUCUGCAUUGGCCAAAAUGUACGAUAGAGGCGAGUUGGAUGCAUUACCUAAUGUGCCACUGCAUACUCACAACCUACGCAUGCCUGGAAAGCAACAGGCGUGUCGUAAUAGCUCAGAUGCUGCAAAUAAGGACAAGUUGGAGGCAGCACACUACAUCGGACUUGAGGUGAUGCUUCGUCUUAACGAAAGGCUGCCGGUAGAGCAUCGCAUGGGAGAGGAACUGCGUGAAAUCCUCAACCAUUCAAGCAAUCUUCGGCUUGUGCUGGCAACAAGCAAUCAAAUUCUGCACAAGAAGGUCGAUGCAAUGCUGAUUAAUGCCAGUGAUGUACCCGUAUUGCUGAAAUCUACCAUUGCCAACAGUAAACAACAGCGUAAAAUAUCAACGCGAGAAUACGAACGACUAGUCCAGAUUGCAAAGCGCGCUCAAGAUGAAAAUUUUCAAGAUGCCAUGAUUGCCGCUAAAGGUCACUAUUUGUAUGCAAGCUUGCGCCAUCAGUUCAAUGUAUUGGAUGUUGGCGAUCGACCGAAGUUGUGGGAUGCUAAGAAGGACAAGCAUGAGCUUCAACAACUUUGUCAUACUAGGUUCCGCUCACCAUCGCCAACACCACGUCAACCCAGGACCCCUGCGUCGCCAGCAAAGAAACAAGACCCAGAGCCCAGAAUGGUGAACGACUCUUCGCUGAUUGAACCCUUGUCUCCUGAGAAGAAACAUCGAAACCCAUUUUCUCGCUUGGCAGCUAAAAUGUUCCGUUCGCGCAGCAAGAAAAGACUCGUGCAUACCACUCGAUCCACGUCAACAGCAGGACAAAUGGUUCAGAAGCCUCCACGUCAUUUGGUGCCUAAGGUACAGGUAAAAGGGAGAAAGAAAAAAGCCCUUGGCAACGACGAAAGCAACAGCACACCAGCCAGGAAACGCAAAUAA